AUGGUGGAAUUACCCACUGAACUAUGGCUUCGUAUCAUACAUUUCGUACCAGACGAACAUCUGUUUCGAUUGGCUUCUGUCGACCGACUUUUCCUGGACCAGGCCACUGACAGGAGGUAUAGGCACUUCAUUAUUGAUGACGAUCGUCCCCAAAUUUUACUGGGCAAGCUUGCCAAGCACCAAGAUUCUUCUAUAGCAGGAAGAGUGCGGUCCUUGACCAUCCAUCCUAUGGCCAUUCGAUCUGCCUGUUUAAGGUCUGGUAAAGGCGUAAAAAAUCGUGUACGGCCAGCAAAGAACCAAUAUUGGCCAAAUGACUUUCGCUAUCGAACUGCAAAAUAUCCUAUAGAAGAAGAUGUGGGCCUCGCCGAUAAAAUUUUAGAUCUCCUAGCCAAUCUUUCGAAUAUCGACGAAUUUGCUGUAGAAUGGGACCAAGGAGUUGCAGAUGAACUCCCAUUCUGCUUGCCCCUGCUCAACGCUAUAUGGCCGAUUUUUCAUAAUAACUUGCGAGUUAUCAAGUUAGAUAUGAUCCUUAGGCAUAUGGCCGCCAUGGUCUCGCCAUUAACUGGACUUGAUCGAGUGCAAGAAGUGUCGCUACAUUUCACUACGACUGACGACACGAGACUCGCCUCAUUGGGUGGCACUGGAUAUGACCCAAAAGACGCCUUUAGCCAGCUGUCUGCUUUCCUGAACAGGCUUUCUCCUUCCCUCAAGGCCAUGACCAUCUCUUCCUCCGGACACCUCGACUUCUCAAGCCUCUAUAAUAAUUUGACGUAUUUCCCUCGCCUCAUCAGCCUCUCGAUCCUCUUGCCAUGCGAUCCUCGGCAUGUGGUCGAUCCCAAGGGACUCGGUCGUUUCCUCCGUGUGCACAAUCGCGUCGAGCGUCUUAAUUUCACCCCGAAACACUGCUGCUGCCAAUCCAAACAGGAUCCCGGUGCAACUCCUGGGCACAUCUCCCCCGAGGACUGGCUCUCCCGCGUCUUUGAAAACGUCAUCUUCUCCAAUCUCCAUUCUUUGGAGCUCGGGUUGAACGUAUGCGCAGGUGGGAAGCGCGUGAUGUUGGCUGUCCCACGCGUAGCAGGCGCCGCUAAAAACGUGAAGUGUCUAAUAAUCACAGGUUGUAUCAUCGCUUUAGAGGACCUCCGCCUACUGCUGGAGCCAUUCUCGCCAGCAGUUGGUGGCACAUCUCCGCGGACCCUCGUCCUCGAGGUGCGCGUCCUUGAUGUAGCAUUAUUAGACCUUCUUGCCGACCUUCUCCCUGGAUUGGAGAUGCUUCAUCUGACAUAUCGCUGGCUCAAUUGUUUUGACUGUAUAAAUGCGGCAGAAUUUACCGAGCAGUUAAGAAGCCGGGUAUAUGAACAAUGGAAGCUAUCCCAGCUGGUACUGUGUUGCUCCCGCAAAUAUGACGAUGAUCAGUGGCCUUCUCGACUGGCCUUUGCACCCAGCCUACCCAAUCUACAUUAG